AACAAGAGAAAAAAAAGAGGAUUAGUUACAAUACAUUAGUUCUUAUUUGGGAUUAAUUGUUUUGAGUUGCUCAAAUUAGUGUAAUUGAAGAGAGUUGCUUCAACUGGGUCCGGCAACCCUAAAACGACCCUAAAAAUCGCAGGUCAAACGGUAACCUGCUCAACCAGUCACUGGUUGACGUAAGGGAAAAGAAAGCUGGGGGUGCACAUUCCGGUCGUAGGGCUCCUAGGUACCUAGACACCUAUAUAAGCGGACGUCUGCGGCACAGUAGAACAACAUUCGCAAAUUACACUUCGAACUGACAACAACAACGAUGAAGCUGUUACUCGUCCUCUGCUCGCUGGGAGCGCUUCUCCAAGCAUCGAUCGCCACGCACGACAUCAACGUUCCGGUGUUGGUGCCGGUACCCCACAUCAAGAAGGUCCCGAUCAGCAUCCCCAAGUACGAGCACACCAAGGGCGAGAUCAUCAAGCACGUCCCCGAGCCGAUCAUCAAGCGCGUCCCGGUGGAGAAGCACGUCGACGUGGAGAAGCAGGUCGAGGUGGUGAAGCAUGUGCCCGUAACGAAGGAGAUCGUCGUCGAGCGGCCGGUGGAGGUUAUUCGCGAGGUGCCGAUCGAGAAGGUGGUCAUCGAGAAGGUGGAGGUGCCGUACGAGGUGAUCAAGCACGUGGAGAAGAUCAAGCACAUCCCGGUCGAGAAGCACAUCGAGGUGAUCAAGGAGGUGGAGGAGAUCCGCGAGGUGCCGUACAAGCGGUACGUCUUCAACAAGAAGCCCUACCCGGUGGCGUACAACGAGCCGGAGGAGGUGCAGGUGCCGUACACGGUGCCGGAAACGGUCGCCCCAGUACCGGUGGUGGUAGAACCGGUGGAACCUUCGCUGAAGGACAAGUUCCACAACCUGGCCGGUAGCUACCUGCCCGAUCCGGUCGGUUUCCUCAAGAAGUUUGGCAAGCACUAAGGAAGGGGGAGUGCAAAACGCUGUUCUGCAGUAUGAAAUUUAAAUAAAGAUAUUUAUUACAAUCGAGUAAACCUUUCCC